CUAGCGAUCCAAGUUAAUCAUAAAUUGCGGUUUUUCACUUAUCCCUACCGCAAACAACGAACCCAAAACCCAGACUCUCACACUCCGCCACAGACACUUCUCACCUCUCUUCAAUUUCCCCAAAUUCUCAAACCUCUUUCGCUUCAUCACUCACAACCACCGCUAAUUUCCCCUUUUCAUCAAUUUUCGGUUUUCAUAGCUUCGAAAUGGAGAAUCUUAACUUAGCCCUUGUUUCUUCCCCUAAACCCCUGCUUUUGGGACAUUCCUCCUCAACAAACGUCUUCGCAAGAAGAAAGCCUUUCGCUUUUGGGACGUUUCGCGUUUCUGCUAACUCUUCAUCGUCUCAUGUUACCAGGGCUGCUUCUGAAUCUCACCAAAAUCUAAAAUCUGUGCAGGGGAAGGUGACUAAGCAUACUUUUGCUAGCAUUUCUUCUUCGAGUAGUCAAGAAACAACCUCAGUUGGAGUUAGCCCCCAGUUAUCGCCAUCUCCACCUUCGACCGUAGGGUCGCCACUCUUUUGGAUUGGCGUUGGUGUUGGGUUUUCUGCACUAUUUUCAGUGGUAGCUUCAAGAUUAAAGAAAUAUGCAAUGCAACAAGCUUUCAAGACCAUGAUGGGCCAGAUGAAUACACAAAAUAAUCCAUUUGACAGUAGUACCUUUUCCUCUGGAUCUCCCUUCCCGUUUCCAAUGCCUCCAGCUUCAGGGCCUGCUACACCUGCCGGGUUUGCUGGUAAUCAAUCUCAAGCAACUUCUGCACGAACUGCCUCUCAAUCUACUGUCACAGUAGACAUACCUGAAACCAAAGUAGAAGCAGCAUCCCCGGGCCCAGGUAUCAGUGUUAAAGAUGAAGUGGAAGUAAAGAAUGAACCAAAAAAAUCUGCUUUUGUAGAUGUGUCUCCAGAAGAAACUGUGCAGAAGAAUGCUUUUGAAAGAUUUAAAGAUGUUGAUGAAUCAAGUUCAUUCAAGGAAACCCAGGCUCCAGCUAACGCAUCUCAAAAUGGAGCUCUCUUUAACCAAGGUUUUGGCGAUUCACCCGGUUCUCAAUCUGAAAAAAAAUCAGUCUUAUCGGUGGAUGCUUUAGAGAAAAUGAUGGAGGACCCAACAGUGCAGAAGAUGGUUUAUCCCUAUUUACCUGAGGAGAUGAGGAACCCUUCUACCUUCAAAUGGAUGCUGCAGAAUCCUGAGUACCGUCAACAACUUGAACAAAUGCUAAACAACAUGGGUGGAGGAACUGAAUGGGACAGUCGAAUGAUGGACACCUUAAAGAAUUUCGACCUUAAUAGUCCUGAUGUUAAACAACAAUUUGAUCAAAUUGGGCUUUCACCAGAAGAAGUCAUUUCAAAGAUUAUGGCCAAUCCUGAUGUUGCGAUGGCAUUUCAAAAUCCUAGAGUUCAAGCAGCUAUCAUGGAUUGUUCACAGAAUCCAAUGAGUAUUGCUAAAUAUCAAAAUGAUAAGGAGGUCAUGGAUGUCUUCAAUAAAAUAUCUGAACUCUUUCCUGGGGUUUCAGGCCCCCCUUGAUUUCAAUUUGUUUGUUGGUUAAGAUAGAGAUUUGCGAAGUUAUUCACGCCUUUCCUGAUGAGGAUUUAUAUUAGCUAGCUGUGUCUCACCAUAAGGAACUUGUGCUCAUGAUUGUAUACUGCAGGCUCAUGGCUACAGCUCCAAUGUGUGACAGAUAAUAAUGACUAUGGCUUGGUCUAAAUUGUUGCCAUAGUUGAAUUUUUGUGUUGCUAAAAUAGUUGAGAUUGUAUAUUGGUAUUUUGAAUUUUUACUA